GAAAAUACAUGUUUAUGUUGAAAUCGUAGUCUCCACAUUUUAUGGUUGUUAAUCUUCUAUGUUGAACUGAGAGUUUUGUAAUAUUAUUAAACGCUAACUACCCACUUCCGCAUAACUUCGUGUUGGGAACAUUUACAUUGUUAGGAACCAAAUAUUCCGGUUUUAGGAGUGUCCGGUCUGAAUUGGAGCAUGGCAUCAAACGGAUUGAACGAGCCCUCAGUUCCACCAGAGGACCAGACAGGUGAUGGGACCCUCUUGAUUGAUGCACCAAGCCCGGAGGCAAGGGUCCCCUCUGAGCCUAACAAUGGCAAAGACACCCUAGAAACCACAACAGAGUCAGCACAACAGGAUGAGGAUGGAGUCAACGUGUGCCAGUUUUUCCUGAUGGGAAAGUGUCAUUUUGGAAACAGAUGUCGUUUUUCUCACAGUGACCCAUUAGUGGAUGACUCAGGGGCUGCGUCUCCUGACCAGGAUGACAAACAGGAUGGAGAAAAGAUGGAAAAACACAAAAAGAAAGGGAACAAAGCAACGCCGAAAUUUGAGCCAAUAGAGGUGAACAAGAAGCCUCGCAUGCGCACAGCAGAUGAUGUUAUCUCUCGGAUCCUGUGGGACGCCUCAGUAGAUUCUUCAGAAUUUGUGGUGGGGUAUGUAGAUCGCUUCCUCGGUGUGCUGGAGCGUCCCUUCAAUGACUUCAACUGGGACACCAACCCCUGCGACUGUGAUUACUCCACUGAGCUGGCCCUGCCCAGACACAGGAUCCAGUACUUCACCUACAGAGGGCACCGCGUCUGGGACCGCCACAGCAGGACUGACAGGGUGUUUGGCUCCACCGGUCAAUCUCUGGCUCCCCCCUUUGGAGGGGAGGAGGAAGUAAAGGGAAUUAACACAGGGGACCAGGCGAAACAACAACAAGACCUUGAGACAACAGAAGAUCAGCCACCUGUAGUCCGUGGGCAGAGUGAAACAGAGGAGUGUGCUUGUGCAGAGAACACACAUCUGGAGGAGGAGAGACUGAGUAACAUGAAUGAUUACAGCCCAGAGUCAACACAACCAGGUCCAAAGAGUCCAGCACACACUUCUCAGGAGCAACAGGAAUCGAGAACGGCGAGAUCUCAGGAUUCAAUGGAUCAAACGUCCCCAUCCCAAAAAGAGGGAGCAGUUGUUAAACAGGACGCUGAGGAGGAGCCCACAGAAGAAUGUCAAGAAACCUGGGAAGGCAAUGACACUUCAAGUCAUCCCGGAGCCCUGAACAUCAGCCAGACUGGUUCACCUCUGGAGCAGAGCGAGGAGAAACGCGGUGGUCGCCCCCCGAAGAAACGACCGACGCACUUCAUCACAUUCAGGGCCAACACUCCUGCCAUCCUCUCCUGUUUCCAGCAGCUGCAGAGGGAGAUCACCUCCGUUCUGCCGUCCUCUGCCCCUCACUGGCAGACCUCCUCCAACCUUCACGUCACAAUGUGCCUCCUGGUGCUGCGCAGCCCAGCUGAGGUGGAAGCUGCUGCCGAGAUCCUCCGACAGUUCGCCCAUUUGGAUCGUAACUGCCCGGUGUCUCUGACGUUCCCUGUCAAGCUGAAACAUUUCAACGGGAGGGUGCUAUACUUGAGCCCCCAGCCUCAGCUCCGGCUCCAGCAGCUCAACAACGGCCUGCAGGAGGCCUAUAGGGAGAAGGGCUUGCUCCACAGGGACUCCUACAACCCGCGCUACCACCUCACACUGGCCAAGGUAGUGGACGGGGAGGUUGAUAGGAUUUUUGACGGAGUGGGAGACCUGAAGGUGGGGAAAGGUUUAAAUUUUGGCCGUCUGCCAGUAAACACCUUGCACCUUUGUGUUAUAGGAGGUGUCAUAGAUGGUUUCUAUGAGACCGUGUGCACAGUAACUCUUCGAUGAUAGCAGACUGCGCCUCUUCACAUGCACACACAACACAUGUAUGUUAGCACUUUGACAUUUGCACUAGCCAGGUGGCCUUUAAAACAAAUCUGAUGUCUGCGUUUUUACAUUAUGAAGUUUAUUCAGAUGCGAAGCACUUUUUAAAGGUCAUGGGGUGAAGGACAUUUUCAUAGGGAGGCCUAAAAUGGAGAAAAUUUUAACUUGAUGCUGGUCUGCAGCACAAU